AUGAAUUACUUUAUACUUCGUUUUCGCAAAAUUUACGUCACAUCAUCAAAAACAAUUCCAUCUGUAAUUUCACGUCAAGAAUUAAAAAGUCUUCUUCAAGCACUACCAUGUGAAAUAUCGGUGUUAGAAACAGACUUCGGUAAACAGCCUGAAACUGAUUUUCAAGCUGCUCAUAUACCUAAAGCUCAAUAUUUUGAUCAACUUGAAUGUACAACUCCUACGGACUUUAUACCUCGUGGCUUACCAGACGUGCAAUGUUUUGAAGAAUACUUAACACGCUUAGGAGUUUCGAAUACAGCUCAUAUUGUUCUCUAUGAUCGUUCACCAACUGGGUUUUUAGCUUUUAGCCGUGCUUGGCUUGUAUUCCAAACACGUGAUGUCAAGAAUUUAUCGAUUCUCAAUGGAGGUUUUCAUAAAUGGACAAAAGAUAUCAAUUAG